GGCAGCGGCGGAGGUGCGGGAACAGCGGCAGGAUGGCCGGGCACGGUGCUGUGCCCUCGUCCUGCGACUGCUUCGUGGCACUGCCACCGCACACGGCGUCCCCCGCUGUCAUCUUCGGCAAGAACGCCGAUCGUCCCCGAGACGAGGUCCAGGAGAUCGUCUAUGUCCCCGCUGCCAGCCACCGUCCUGGGGACAAAGUCCAGUGCACGUACCUGGAGAUCGAGCAGGCGGAGCGCACGCACGCCGUGGUGCUGAGCCGCCCGGCCUGGCUCUGGGGCGCUGAGAUGGGCGCCAACGACUGCGGCGUCUGCGUGGGCAACGAGGGCGUGUGGACCCGCGAGCCCGUGGGCGAGACCGAGGCGCUGCUGGGCAUGGACCUGGUGAGGCUGGGUUUGGAGCGGGGCGGCUCGGCCCGGGAGGCCCUGGAGGUGAUGACGGCCCUGCUGGAGCGCUACGGCCAAGGCGGGAGCUGCAAGGAGGAGCCGGUGCCCUUCGUGUACCACAACACCUUCCUGCUGGCCGACCGCAGCGAGGCCUGGCUGCUGGAG